AUGUCGAGUGAGGGACAGUUCUCUUGUCCCUGGCAAAAUGCAAAUGACAAUAAAAAGGAAAUGGAGUUUUCUUUUCUGCAGCUCACCAUCUCCAUAAUUGCCUUAGCCGCCAUUGCGCAAACAUCUUUCGUACAAUCCGCCUGUGACUCUGAUUGCGUUAAAGGGUUUGUUGCUGCACAUAACGCGGCCCGACAAACUGUUGGAUCUCCACCUGUUAACUGGAACUCCACCUUAGCAGACAUCGCCGAAUCCUAUGCCGCCAAGAGGUCUGCUGACUGUGUGCCGCAGAACUCUAACGGGCUGUAUGGGGAAAACAUUGCGGUGGCCUCUGCCGAAUUGUCUCCGGCGGAUUCCAUGAAGUUGUGGAUGGGUGAGAAGAAGGACUAUGACCACGCAUCGAAUUCUUGCACCAGCGGCAACAAUUGCCGCUCUUAUACGCAGAGGAAGAGUGAUGGUUCUUCUGCUGUUGGAGAAGAGGAAGACCAUCGCUGCUGUGAGAGGGAGAGUGAGAGGAGGAGGGAGAGGAAGUGGAGAGGGACAGAUUGUUUCAGGAAAGCUUUGUUAGAAUGUCAGCUUGCGCAGAGUGAAGCUCAAUGGAGCAUGAAGGCAAAUGAAGAUUAA